AUGGCUGCUGUUGCGACUGGUAACACUAAACGCUAUUCUUGGUGGUGGGAUAGUCACAUAAGCCCCAAGAACUCUAAAUGGCUUCAGGAGAAUCUUACAGAUAUGGACAGUAAAGUCAAGCAAAUGAUCAAGGUUAUUGAGGAAGAUGCAGAUUCGUUUGCUAGGCGGGCAGAAAUGUAUUACAAAAAGCGGCCUGAACUUAUGAAAUUGGUUGAAGAGUUUUAUCGAGCGUAUCGUGCUUUAGCUGAAAGAUAUGAUCAUGCGACCGGUGUUAUUCGUCAUGCUCAGCAGACUAUGGCAGAGGCGUUCCCAAACCAAGACCCCAUGAUGUUUGCUGAUGAGCCGCUUGUUGGUUCUUCCACCGACGAAUUCGAUCCACAAACGCCUGAGAGUUAUCCUCCUAUCCGAGCUCCGGUUUACCCCAAUGAUUUACAGAAAGAGGCUUUGGGGGGCUUUUUCUCUCACAUGAGCACCGUAAAGCGAAAUAUAGCCUUUAUGGAAGAUCCUCAGUCUCUGAGUAGCGGGAAAGGUUUGAAAAUUGCAAAGGCGAGAAAAGGACUGAAUUUCAAUGGUGUUGAUGGAAACGGAAGAAACGCGAAGGUUCUUUCAGAAUCUGAACGCGCUAGCAAAGCUGAAGCUGAGAUUGCGGCUUUAAAAGAAGCUCUUUCGAAAGUGCAGGCUGAGAAAGAAGCUAGCUUAGCUCAGUUUGAUCAGAAUUUGGAGAGGCUGUCUAAUCUGGAGUCUGAGGUAUCUCGUGCACAAGAGGACUCCAAGGGGUUUAUUGAACGAGCGACAAAGGCCGAAGCUGAGGUCGAAACACUCAGAGAGUCGCUCAGCCAACUGGAGGUUGAAAAGGGAUCCAGUCUUGUUCAGUAUGAGAAAAGUCUACAGAACAUAGCUGAUUUGGAGGAACGCAUUUCCUUAGCCCAGAAGGACGCUGGAGAAGUGAAUGAGCGAGCCAGCCAAGCCGAAGCUGAAGUUCUAGCCUUGAAGCAAAGCCUUGUUACAUCCGAAACUGACAAGGAAGCUGCUCUUGUUCAAUAUCGACAAUGCUUGGAAACCAUAUCUAACCUGGAAGAGAGGUUGCGCAAGGCUGAGGAAGAUGCGAGGUUAAUCAAUGAGCGGGCAGAAUAUUCUGAGGGUGAAGUUGAAAGCUUGAAGCAAAAGGUCUCUAAAUUAGUUGAAGAAAAUGAAGCUUAUGAGCUCCAAUACCAACAGUGUCUGGAUACAAUUGCAGAUCUAAAGCUCAAGCUAUUUCAUGCUCAAGAGGAAACCCAAAGGCUUAGCCGUGAAAUAGAGGAUGGGGUUGCUAAGUUGAAAUUUGCAGAGGAAAAAUGUGUCGUGCUUGAGAGAACAAAUCAGAACCUGCACACUGAGCUGGAUGAUUUGUUGGAGAAAUUUGGGAAUCAAAGUCAUGAGCUCACGGAGAAACAGAAAGAGAUGGGAAAAUUGUGGACUAGUGUACAAGAAGAACACUUGCGUUUCAUGGAAGCUGAAACCGCCUUUCAAACCCUUCAGCAAUUGCACUCUCAGUCUCAGGAGGAGCUAAGCAUUUUGGCUUUGGAACUGCAAAACAGGUCUCAGAUCCUGAAAGAUAUGGAGGCCCGUAACAAUGGUUUACAGGAGGAAGUCCAGGAAGCCAAAAACGAGAACAAAAGCCUCAGUGAGCUCAAUCUCUCUUCGGCUGAAUCCAUUAGAAGUUUGCAGGAGGAGGUCUCAAAAUUACGGGAGACAAUACAGAAACUUGAAGCUGAAGUUGAACUGAGAGUGGACCAGAGAAAUGCUUUGCAGCAAGAAAUAUACUGUCUCAAAGAGGAAUUAAGUCGGGUAGGGAAGAGACACCAGUCCAUGGUUGAACAGGUGGAGUUGGUUGGUUUACAUCCAGAACGCUUUGGGUCUUCUGUCAAGGAGUUGCAGGAGGAGAACUCAAAGCUAAAGGAAAUAAAGGAAAGAGAAAGUAACGAAAAGACGGUCCUGCUUGAGAAGUUAGAAAUGAUGGAAAAGCUUGUUCAGAAAAACCUUCUUCUGGAGAACUCCAUAUCAGAUCUGAAUUCUGAGCUGGAAACAAUCAGAGGAAAGCUGGAGACAUUGGAGGAAGCUUGUAUGUCACUAGCAGAAGAGAAAUCAGGCCUUCAUUCUGAGAAGGGCAUGUUGAUUUCCCGUUUGCAGAUUGCUACAGAGAACAGCAAGAAACUCUCCGAGGAAAACAGGUUAAUGGAGAAUUCUCUUUUCGAUGCCAAUGCAGAACUUGAAGAACUGAAGUCAAAGCUGAAAAGCCUGGAAGACUCAUGCCACCUGCUGAAUGAUGACAAGUCCAGUUUAGUCAAUGAAAGAGAAAGCUUACUCUCUCAUAUGGAUAUAAUGAGAAAAAGCAUUGAAGAUCUGGAGAAAGAACAGGCAGGGUUAAAAGUGAAAGUUUUGGAAUUAGCGACCGAGAGGGAAUCUUCCCUUCAGAAAAUUGAAGAGUUGGGUGUCUCUUUAGAUGCCAAGGACCGUGAGUACGCUAACUUUGUUCAAUUGUCUGAGAAUCGAAUCAAUGGCAUGGAAUCAAAGAUCCAUCAUCUUCAAGAUGAAAAUCAACGCCAGGAGAGAGAGUAUCAAGUGGAACUGGAUCGAACUCAUGAUGCUCACGUUGAGAUUAUUGUUCUGCAGAAAUGUUUGCAGGAGUGGCUUGAGAAGAGUUCCUCUCUGGUUGCUGAGAAUCAGAAAAUCAAAGAGGCUUCUCAACUGUUGGAGAAGCUUGUCUCUGAACUAGAACAGGAAAAUGCUGGGAAGCAAGUUCAGAUUGAGUCCUCGAUUCACUGCAUUCAAAUACUGAGAACGGGGAUCUACCAGGUGUUGAUGAAGCUCGAGAUUAUUCCAGGUGAUGAGACCUCGCAAGACGAGAAGAAUCUGCAUGAGAUAUUGAGUAGGCUUGAUGAGAUGCAAACUAUGCUUUUGAAAGUUCAGAAUGAAAACCAGCAGUCUGCUAUCGAGAAUCUCGUCCUUGUUGAAUUUCUUCGGCAACUGAAAUCAGAAGCUGUUGGUAUUGCAACAGGGAAAAAAAUCCUUGAGGAAGAACUUGAAUCUCAUCGUUACCAGCUCUCACUUUCGCGGGAUGAGACCCAGAAACUUAUCUACAUGAAUGGAGAAUUGACCACAAAAGUUAAUGGAGGAGUCAUGAGAGAAGAAGUCUUGAAGGUGAGAGUUGAGGAUUUGCACAGCCAGUCUGCCAUUGAGAACCUCGUACUUGCUGAGAUUCUUCGGCAACUUAAAUCAGAAGCUGUUGGUAAUGCAACAGAGAAGAAGAUCCUGGAGGAAGAACUUGAAUCUCAUCGUCACCAGCUCUCUUCUUCACGGGAAGAGAUACAGAAACUUGUCUAUGCGAAUGGAGAAUUGACCACAAAAGUUAAUCGAGGAGUCAACAGAGAAGAAGUCUUGAAGCUGAAAAUUGAGGAUAUGCAGAGGCAGUCUGCUAUCGAGAACCUCGUACUUGUUGAAUUUCUCCGGCAGCUUAAAUCAGAAGCUAUUGGUGUCGCAACAAAGAAGAAGACCCUUGAGGAAGAACUUGAAUCUCAUCGUCACCAGCUCUCGUCUUCACGGGAUGAGACACAGAAACUUUUCUAUGCGAAUGGGGAAUUGACCACAAAAGUUAAUCAAGGAGUCAACAGAGAAGAAGUCUUGAAGGUGGAAAUUGAGGAUUUGCAGAAGCAAGUAUCGCAAUUUCGAAAUGACUACACCAUUUUGCAGGGAGAGAAUUACAGAACUUUAGACGAGAAAAGAUGCUUGGUAAAUUCGACAUUGCGGUUGGAGGAGGAGAAACGCGAACUAGAAGAGGAUAUAUCUUUGCUUCUUUCCGAGACUAUAUACCAAAGCAGUCUCAUUCUUCUUUUGGAGGAUGUGGUUUUGGAAAAACUUUCAGGAGCGGUGAAACUAAACAAGGAUCUGGACAGGCUCAGUCUCGUUAAGUGUAAGCUUGAGGAAGAGCUAAGGGAGGCUGGUGAUAAGUUAAAAGCUACAGAAAUCGAGAACUUGCAGCGUGAAGGUUUGCUACAGAAAACGAACGACGAACUGAUCUCAGCCAGAUCAGCCAAUGAUCAGUUGGAACAUGAAAUUGCCAACGUGAAGAACCAGUUGGGUCAGAAGGAGAAAGAACUUCUUGAAGCUAUGCUGAUGAUCUCCAUCGUGCAAAAUGAAAAAUCUGAAUUAUCUAAGGCGGUGGAGGAUUUAGAAUGUAGAUACAAGGAGACUAAAUCGAUCGAAGAAGAUAAAGAUAAGCAGAUUUUGAAACUCCGCGGAGAUUAUGAUGAGCAGGUUAAGAAGACUGAUCAUGCAAACGAAGCUAAUCUGAAAUUGGAAGCUAACUUGAUGAACCUGCUCAUGGAACUUGAAGGAAUCAAAGUGGAAAAGGAAAAGCUGAACCAGCAGCUUUCAACGGGAAGGAGUGAGAUUGAACUAUGGGAGACUCAAGCUGCAACAUCCUUUGGAGAUUUGCAGAUUUCGGCUGUUCAUGAAACAUUGCUUGAAGGGUUGACACAUGAGCUCGCUGAAGCCUGCAAAAGUCUCGAAAACAGAAGCGCAUUAAAAGACUUGGAGAUUGACCAGCUUAAAGGAAGAGUGAACAACUUAGAGAAUGCGAACAAAGGACAAAACGAUCAUAUGAACAAAUACGCCCAAGCUAUUGUAUUGUUGAAAGAAAGCAUAGAAUCUCUGGAGAAACAUUUUGCAAUGCCUCACGAAUUUGAGAAUGAACGACGAGCCAAGAGUAACCAAUCUUUUGUGGGUAUCUCUAACCAGGAUAACAAUGAUGGAAUCUUGGAGUUGCAAGAAAUGCGUUUAAGAAUCAACGCUAUUGAGGAGGCAAUAACCGAAAAGCUUGCGAUGGAAGGACUAAAAACCGCUGCCCGAAGAAGCAGAAGGAGAAGUGGAAGUCUCCGGAAACAGAACCAUGAGAUCUAUUCAGAGGAAAGCGAGAUGAUCACGAAAGAUAUCGUACUCGAUCAGGUAUCUGAUUGCUCAUCAUAUGGGAUUAGUAAGAGAGACAUUUUGAAGACAGAAGAUGAUCACAGUUUUGAGGUGAAGCCACAAAAUCCUCAGAAAGGUAAAUCUCUGUCUGAAGAGUCACUGGUCGUGGACAAAUUAGAGAUCUCGGAUAGAUUCACGGAUCCGAACAAAGAAGUAAACACGAGGAAAGUUCUCGAGAGACUUGAUUCGGAUUUACAGAAGCUCGCAAAUCUCCACAUCGCCGUAGAAGAUUUAAAAGGCAAAGUGGAGACAGAGGAAAAAGGCGAGAAAGGAAAAGAAGACCAGUACGAAGCGAUUAAGGGACAGAUCAGUGAAGCAGAGGAAGCAUUAGAGAAGCUUUUAAGCAUCAACAGAAAGCUGGUGACAAAAGUCCGGAGCGGGUUUGAGAGAUCAGAUGGAAGCAAAUCAUCAAUGGAUCUUGAUGAGAAUGAGAGCAGCAGAAGGAGGAGAAUAUCAGAACAAGCGAGAAGAGGAUCAGAGAAGAUUGGGAGGUUGCAGCUGGAGAUACAGAGAUUACAGUUUCUGCUACUGAAAUUGGAAGGAGAAAGAGAGGACAGAGCGAAAGCGAAAAUGUCGGAGAGCAAGACGAGGAUUCUUCUUCGGGAUUAUAUCUAUGACGGAGUGAGAGGUGAGCGACGGAAAAGGAUGAGAAAGCGGUUUGCGUUUUGCGGGUGUGUACAACCGCCUCCUUCUCCUUAA